UCACACUGUGUGAGGUAACUAGAGAGGGAACCAGCAAACGCCUAACAACAAGUUUUCUACUGUGGCUGUUUUUUGAAUGGCUGUUGUUUUUAAACAAUAGAUCUUGACAUCUGCGUUUUUCUCCUGCACGUUUGCCAGCGUGGUCUCUGAGAUAACACAUCAGCAUCAGCAUGUCUUCAGAGGCAUCGUCUCCUGUGAAGGCAUCUCAGUCCAGCACUCCUCCUCUGUCCCCGCUGUCACCGGUCUCUCCGGUGUCCCCCAGCAAUCUGCGUCUGCCCGCCAGAUGCCACAGAGACCGCUCGCCCUCCCCCAUGAGGAGCUACCUGAUCCCCAGCCCCUUGCCCACCCGCCGCAAUCGUACCUGCUCGGCUGCAGCGCGUGCAGCUGAGGGGCCGGUUUUUACAGGGGUCUGCAAGUGCUUUUCACGUUCCAAAGGACACGGCUUUAUUAUACCAUCAGACGGAGCCAAAGACAUCUUUGUGCACAUAUCUGACAUCGAGGGUGAAUAUGUACCAGUGGAAGGAGAUGAAGUGAGCUAUAAGAUCUGCUCUAUUCCACCUAAACAUGAGAAGAUCCAGGCUGUGGAGGUGACCAUUACUCAUUUAGCACCAGGCACGAAGCAUGAGACUUGGUCGGGAACUGUGGUCCAAUCAUGAGGAGCAAUGAUAUGGAUAGUUCUCUAAAUCUGUACUGUCAUGUUGAAAUGGAUGUUAUGUUUUUGAGGUGUGGGGGAACAGUAAUGAAUGCCUUUAACUGCGGUGUAAGAUGAUAUCGCUUCACUCUUAAGAAAAUUAUCAAAGAUUUAUUUGAUAUGUGUUUGGUAUGGUUUUUGGGGGGGACUUAGUGAGGGGGAUUUGUUUGUAACAAUGAUCUUUUUUUUAUUGCGGCAUAAACACCAGUCAGCUAUGCUUACAUUAACCAUCUGUGAUUUCAUUCUUUAGUUGUCUUGUGAAUAUUAGGAUUUUCAAAACACUGCACACUCUUGACAGGAAGCCUUAACUCAUACAAACAGCAUAGAUAAAAAGUCUUUGAUAUAUUUUUGAAAAAUAAAGAGUUCUAUGUCUGCAUAUUGUGAAAAUAAAUCGUUUGACCAU